UGGGACCCCGGAGGCGCCGACCCAGGCGAUCGCGCACCUUCCCCGGCUGUUGGAAGAGGCGAGCCGCGCCAGUCUGUGGGGGUCAACAUCGGGAGGAGUCGCGGGUGGCACCUUUUCCGACUAGCACAUGGCAUUAAAAGGCAUCAGCUUUGGCGAGCUGCAGCUCCCUUCAUCGGAUGGAUAGAGUGGCGAGGCUGCUGUGGGAUUUAAACCGAGGGGAAGGGAGGGGAAGACGGUGGUUAUGCAGACGCAGGUUAUAUGCGAGAGAGGUUGCAACUGUCUUACCAGUUAACAGCUGUCCUGUGUCACAAACCCAUUGGUGAAAACCAGAUUCUAACACUCUUUGCCUUUGGGCCAGCCAUGACUGAACCUCGGGACUACCAAACAUUUGUCUUCCUUGAUAUUGAGACCACCGGCUUGCCCAGAGACCAACCUUGCAUGGCGGAGCUGUGCCUUUUUGCUGUUCACCACUCUUCCCUGAAGCCCUCUCCACAGAAAAAUGAACUGGAGUUCCCUCGCAUCAUAGACAAGCUCACCCUCUGCAUUAAUCCCCAGAAACCCUUUACCCCAUCUGCAGCGGAUAUGACCGGGCUGAGCAACCAACAGCUGGAGCAGAAUUGCAAGCCAGAAAUCAACCGUUCUUUCGUGGAGAUCCUGAAAGGGUUUUUAGACCGGCAAGCUCAGCCUAUCUGCUUAGUGGCUCACAAUGGUCUCAGAUUCGACUUCCCCUUGCUGCGUAAAGAACUGUGGCAAAUAGGCACUGAUCUGCCCCCAAAUACAGGAUGCCUUGAUACUUUGCAGGCUUUGAAGGACCUGCUCCAAGAUCCUUCCCUGAGCUAUCGGCUGGGAAACCUGUACCAGUAUUUCUACAAAGAGGAACCAUCCAGAGCCCACUCGGCUGAAGGAGAUGUGCUCACUCUUCUCCUUGUGUUUCUUGCUAAGGCCCACGAGCUGAAGGCUUGGGCAGCCAGUCUGGCCCGGAAGUGGGAGCAGAUUCACCCUAUGUGUUCUCCCCACUCAAACAGUAACAGGAGCUGAUCCUCAGGAAAAAAAGUAAUUUUCUCCUAUCCACGCCUCUUUUCCACAUUACUGAACCAUAAGUUUUAAACGAUGGUUUCUUGAUUAAACCAUAAUUUGCUAGCUUGUACUUGACAAACCAAGCUCUUUUUUUUUCCUGGAUGUAGAGAGCCACAGAUGACCUUGGAGAAGAUAUGCGGCGGCAGUUAG